AUGGCGAAGGCAAAGCCGUCUGACAUCGUGGGAUGGUAUGAUUUGAGCUGGUCGGGAGGUAGCUUUCCCAUCUGCUUUAGACCAGCUGGAGUAUUCUUUUGCCCCAAGUUUCAGCAGCCUGCGCGGUGGGAGCUAGAAGACGAUGUCAUCAAGAUAGAUUGGAAAAGAUUCGGCAAGUACGAGCUGAAGUUUCAUGCCGAGACCAAAUCUAUGGAAGGCAAUGCACUGCCAAAGAGCGAUGACGAGAAGAACUGGCGGAAGGCAGCCUUCAGCCAUGCGCUGUCACCAGUGGAGGUUUUGCUACUGGGAGAUGGUGCUGGUUCCGAAUGGGAUUUUGAAUGGUCAGGAGGCAAGUUCCCUGUGAAGUUCAAGGCUGACGGCUUCAACCAUUUUCAGUGUGACGAGUUUCCAGCACACGCGCACUGGUCCUUGGAGGGAGACGUCGUGAGAAUAAACUGGGCAGAUUUUGGCAAUUAUGACAUGAAGGUCAAUACAAGUGAAUCUACGAUGGACGGAUCCAUGGUAGGGGGUGACGCUGCCAAAGAUUGGCGAAAGGCGAAGUUCCUGCGGAAUCUACUUUUCCGCAGCUUUGGAGUCAGACAGCGAAGCGCGGCGGAUGGGGACCAAAGACAUCAGCCGGUGAGGCCGCCUGGGUGCAGGAUGCGGAGAGUUUUGCUCUUUUUGGCCUGCUUGAGACUGCCAGUGGAGGCGGCUUACUUUACCCUGCACGAGGGUGAAGAAAAGUGCUUUGUCGAAACCGUACCUCAGCAUCAGGUCCUGACAGUGAAGUACAGGCAUGCUGAAAACCCAGGUGUUGAGUGCAUGGUCGUUUUCAAGGAUCCUCAGCAAAAGCAGGUCUUCUCCAAAAGGGUCGGCCAUGAGGACUCUGAGCAGGGAAGAACAGCCUACAUGACGCAGCAGCGUGGUGAUCAUCGCAUAUGUGUCCAAUGUACAGCUUCACGUUGGUUUGAAAAGACCGCUCUCAAGUGGGAACUAAGCAUCGACAUGGGUGACACAGACUUCACAAAGAGCCCCGCCACCAAAGGAAAUGUGAAAGGGGUCGAGAGGUGGGUUUUGAGCACCCUUGCUCGAGCAGAAGCAGUGUCUGCAGAGAAUGAGUACGAAAGGACCACCGAGAUGGAGUUCCGAGACGCUUCAGAACUUGUGAAUCGGCACGUGGUCUGGGUGGCCUUGUUUAUCAUGGCAAUGGAAGGUGGACUUGUCCUUUGGCAAGUAAGCCACAUGAAAGAGUUCUUCAGGCGUGAAAAAUUGAUUCCUUGA